AUGCCUUUACCAACUCCUCAUGGUGGAUUAUUACACGACUUGGUUAUUCGUGAUGCUCCAAUUAAACAACAAUUAUUAACCGCUGCUCAACAAUUACCUUCAUUAACAUUAACUGAUAGACAAUUAUGUGAUUUAGAAUUAAUUCUUAAUGGUGGAUUUUCACCAUUAACCGGUUUCCUUAAUCAACAAGAUUAUGAAUCAGUAGUUGAAACCAUGAGAUUAUCUUCAGUUACUAAUCCAACUACCGGAAAGGGGUUAUUAUGGCCCAUGCCAAUCACCCUUGAUGUAAAUCAACAAACCGCCAAUUCUUACACUUUAGGACAACAAAUUGUUUUAAAAGAUUUACGUGAUGAAACCCCAUUGGCUAUCCUUACCAUUGAAUCCAUCUAUAAACCAAACAAACAAAAUGAAGCCAACAAAGUCUUCCGUGGUGAUCCCGAACAUCCUGCUAUUAAAUACUUAUUCGAAUCCGCUGGUGAAUACUAUAUCGGUGGGUCCUUACAAGGUCUCAAUUAUCCAAAACAUUACGAUUAUAUAGAAUCAAGAAAAACCCCCACGGAAUUACGUCAAGAAUUCAUUAAUUUAAACUGGCACACCGAUUCACAAAACAUUGUCGCUUUUCAAACUAGAAACCCCAUGCAUAGAGCCCAUCGUGAAUUAACCAUCCGUGCUGCUAAAGAUAUCGGCCCUCAAGCACACAUCCUUAUCCAUCCAGUUGUGGGAUUAACCAAACCCGGUGAUAUUGAUCAUCAUACUCGUGUGAAGGUCUAUCAUCAAAUCUUGAAAAAAUUCCCACCGGGAUUAGCUACCCUUUCAUUAUUACCUUUGGCUAUGAGAAUGGGUGGGGAUAGAGAAGCAUUAUGGCACGCCUUAAUCAGAACCAAUUAUGGUGUUGACCAUUUCAUCGUCGGUAGAGACCAUGCUGGUCCUGGUAAGAAUUCCCAAGGGGUGGAUUUCUACGGACCAUAUGAUGCUCAAGAUUUAUUAGCCACCUUGGAAGAUGAAUUAACCAUCAAGAUUGUCCCAUUUAGAAUGGUCACUUAUUUACCCGAGGAGGAUAGAUAUGCUCCAAUUGAUACUAUUGAUUUAUCAAAAGUUAAAACGGCAAAUAUCUCUGGUACAGAAUUACGUAAUAGAUUAAGAACCGGGGAAGAAAUCCCAAGUUGGUUUUCAUAUCCUGAAGUAGUCUCAAUUUUGAGAGAUACUAAUCCACCUAGAUCAAAACAGGGGUUCGUGAUUUUGAUUAAUACUGGUAGUUCUAAAUUGGGUGAUUAUUUGUCAUUUGCAUUACAAUCGACAUUGAAUCAAUUCAAUGGUGGAAGAAGGAUAACUAAAUUACUGUCCCAACAAGCUGAGGAUUCUUUUAUUGUUAAUGAAUUGGUAAAAGCUGGUUCUGGGUUGAUUGUGCCUACUUCGAAUCCAAAUCCAAUUGUUGAUGUUGUUGGGAAUGGAAAUUCGUUGAUUGUUAAUCAAGAAGGUGGGGAUGUGACUAAGGGGCAAUUUGAAUUGAGUAAUGAUGAUUUGGUGGUGGUUGUGGAUGAAAUUGUUACAUAUUUGAAACAACAAGGUUUCUAUUAG